AUGCGUUCAUCAGUCUUCCGCCUCGCCAAAACCACUGGCCGCAGUGCGACGGCCAGAAGCUACAGCUCAACGACGCCGUCGAGCAAGGUGCGCCAUCUGAUGACCAUCGGCGACCUGACACCUGCAGAGCUGUCCCAACUGGUGCUGAACGCGGCCGAACACAAGCGUCAUGUCAAGGCGGGACGGAUCCCGAAGGCGUUGGAGAACAAGCUGAUGGGGCAGACGAUAGCCAUGAUGUUCAACAAGCGAAGCACCCGUACCAGGGUGUCCACGGAAGCGGCUGUGGCCAUCAUGGGAGGACAUCCCAUGUUCCUCGGAAAGGAUGAUAUCCAGCUGGGUGUGAACGAGUCGCUGUACGAUACCUCCAAGGUCAUCUCGUCCAUGACAUCGUGCAUGGUGGCCCGGGUCGGUCCUCACAGCGAUGUCACAGACUUGGCCAAGCACUCCCGUGUUCCAGUCCUCAAUGCCCUGUCAAAUGACUUCCACCCCCUCCAGACCAUCGCAGACUUCCUCACCAUCCACGAAGCAUUUUCCAAGCCAUCAACGAGCGGGAACACGAGCAUCGCGUACCCAGAAAUGAAAAUAGCCUGGGUCGGCGACGCCAACAACGUGCUCUUCGACCUGGCCAUCGCCUGCAUGAAGCUGGGCGUGGAGAUCUCGGUCGCCACACCGCAAGGAUACGGCAUACCGAACGACAUGCGCAGCUUCAUCCAAAGCCAAGGCGAGGGUGUCGAGACCCCCGGGAAGCUGACCGAGACGUUCGUCCCCGAGGAGGCCGUCAAGCACGCCGACAUCAUCGUGACCGAUACGUGGAUAUCCAUGGGCCAGGAGGCCGAGGCCAAGAAGCGACUCGCGGAUUUCGCUGGCUUCCAGGUCACCAACGACCUCGCCAAGAGAGGUGGCGCGAAGGCGGGCUGGAAGUUCAUGCAUUGCUUGCCUCGUCACCCGGAAGAGGUCCAUGAUGAGGUCAUGUAUGGGAGUCGAUCACUCGUCUUCCCCGAAGCGGAGAACCGCCUCUGGGCUGCUGUUGCUGCGCUGGAGGCUUUUGUUGUGAACAAAGGCAACAUCAUCUAG